UAAACAUGCAGGGAAGGGAACUGUGGGUGUGGAGGGGGGGGGCGUCUCUUCCCCAAGACCUAGACCCAAAAUGGGAUCAGACCACAGUAGGCAAAUCUCUUAUCUCCCCUCUUCUGUGUAAGCUCUGUUGUUUUGCAGUUUAGCACGAGAGAGAGUCAUUUCUGUACGUACCAUUAAGGCUGCGCUUGAAUUAUGGGACAGUUGUCAACGACUUGCCGCUGAGAUGUGGAUAAGGGUGGCAAAACAUCGCGGCAAAGCAGUAAUGGACCUUUGUGAUCGUUUGGAAAAGCCAGCAAAGACGUAGUUGUUUACGGAAAAAAAAGCCCCGGCCAGAAUAAAGAGACACAUACGCCAGUAGUCCUUUAUGCUGGCUAAUAUAUUUGCUAGCCAGACCGUUUGCUGUAACUGUGUAAUGGUUAUUCAUGCGUGGGGCUGACAAUGGGAUCCCCAGUCGCCCAGGGCUAACCGUGGACCUGCCCCGCUGCCAACCGCUGUGGGCUCCCCCUGUCCCUCUGCCAACUGCCCAGCUGACAAAAUGGUCAUAGAAGCCUCGUUCGUUGAUGCAACUCAGUAGGCAAAUCAGACUCCAGUUUGCUCUUGGAUCACUUGUGCUGGUGCGGCAGAUGGGUGAUGCACUUAUCAGCGCAUAAACCGCCCAUUCAGCAAGGUAGCUUUUUUAAAAAAUGAACUCAGCUCAUUUUUGUGACACUUAAGCCUCAAGUUUUGCCCAUUUAGGAGUAUGCUCAGCAUCAUAUUGCAUACUGCCUCAUGGAUGGCACCAAAACACCAGUGUGCAACGCUGUUAGCAAAGGCCCAGGUACUGUUAGAGAACCUGGCACCUGAUUUUUUUUUCCAGUAGUGCUGUGCAUUGAUGUCACAUGGGCGCUAAAAAUCUGUGCUUGAGGCUAACCUGGUUUGCUGGGCUUGUUACGCAACAGCUCCUCUUUGUGGCAAAAGCCUUCUGCAGCGUGACUGAAACAGACACGCGCAACUUCUAACAGCCUCGUGCACCUGCCUUUUGCUUUACCUCUUUUAACGUUGGGUGGUAUCUCACUGCUCGGCCUGAUCUGUGACAAACCUAUGUGCCUUGUGGCUUGCUGAAAGGCAAGCAACCGUAUCGCCCAGUUAAACACUAGUACUUGUCUGGGCCCUCUUAAAAACAUCUGGCUUAGUGCACACUAAGGUGCCCGAUGUCAAUGUUAUUAAUUAGCCCCCCCCUCCCCCUCCAUGCACCCAUGUUGCAAUUAUUAAGGUAGAUCCAUGCAACUGGCCGGAAAGAGGGUCAGAUUGUCCACGGUUUACCCCCACCUGCCUUUGAGUUUGGGUGACUUGGCAAGGUUAUCUGGGUAAUUAUUUCCCAGCCAUUGUGGCAACUUUGGGCAGAGGCGCCUCUUUGACCCACCUAGACUUGGCCCAUGGCACAAAUAGCCGAGGUUCCUGAAGGCUGUAAUAUUUGGUGGUCUUUUGGUUGCUUUGCAGUGGCAGUGGUGGCGGCAGCUUGUAAUAGCAGGAAGUGAAAUUAAAUUCUAAGGCUGCGUCCAGACUGGCAUGAUUUUGCACUUUUCCAUUAGAAGUAUUUGCGCAAAAUCAUGCCAGUCUAGAUGCAGCCUAAGGCUCUGAGACAAGCUGCCUCCUUGUAAGCAGAGCUGGUGUUCAGUCUGCUCCUUAAGGUAAGAAGGUGCUUUUUGUGAUAGGUUGGGGGCCGGGGUGUUGGAUUGGCUACACAGUGGCCUAAAUUAAAAAUCCUAUUUAAUACUCAGCUGCGAGAUGUGUGCAAUGCGCACAGCUGGGGAUGAGAGUUUGGGAUGGUGAAAUAAAGUAUUUCAUCCCCUUACUGGUACUCUGGUGGCAAGGUUCUCAGUGGACUCACUCCUCCCACCCACUGAGGAAGUGGUAAGAAGUUGCUGCUGCAGACGCUCCCUUCAUGCACACAGGUUGGAUCCUACGCUCUUUCUAAUCCAGUUGCACAAGGGGGAGUUGGGCACUGCAUGCUUAACACAAACUGCUACUGGCACCCUGGAAAAUGCCACCCACUCCCUUCCACACAGCUGGGCCGGUUCACCGUGGUAUCUCAGUGGGGAUGGUGCCCACUGAUGUCAUAUGACUGUUUCAUGCAUCUACUCCUGCAUUAGGGUGCCCCAUGUUGUUACCGUGGAGACUGAAGAUAUUGAAGAACAGUUAAGCGUCCAGCUGUUAUGUUAUUUUGCACAAGUGACAGGACUCACCUGGGUAUCUGAUCUCCACAUAGAGACAAGCACACAGGCACGCUGACACUGUGGGUCGAAUUUAGGCACCUGUUUCCCUAGAAAGGCAUUUACCAGUGGCCUAAAUCUUGCCACAUCUUUGCCAUUUCACCUUAGUGGGAAAAGCGUUAAUUGAAAUACAGAUUACAAACCGCAAGUGAAAUGAGUCUGAUUUAGGCUCAGGCUGAAGUCAAGCAUUGCUCCAUGGUCCGGUAGCUAUGGGUGUUCACUGCUAAGGGGACACCUGGGGGUUGCCUAGUAGCGCAGAUGCCUGUUGCAGCUGUGAAUGAACAUGGGACUGUGCCUUUCGCUCGCAAGUGUACAGAACGACUACCUUUUACUUGCUAGUGCAAAGACUUGCCUGUCACUCGCUAGUGCACAGUACUACCUUUCACGCGCUAGUGCAAAGACUUGCCUUUCACUCGUUAGUGCACAGAAAGCUAGACUUUCACUCGCUAGUAAAAUUGAAACAUAUGUUAUUGUAGUUUUACAUGACUUACGCUGGGCAUGAGGUGAACUGUUCUGCUCACCCGCGGGCCAGUUUCAGGUAUAAACUGGAACUUUCAAUCUAUCGCUUCGCUUCCUGUGGUUUCUCUCUGCAGAGCAAAGUGGGAGGGUUUUGCUGUAUACUUUGCAAGGCGACUUGUUUUGGUGCUACCCUUCACAGAGGAGAAUUCAGCAUCACGCUGCUGCUUUGUGUAGAGUCUUCAGAGGAUCCAGUGUGUUGGUCUCAUUUUUGAGGGCGCUACGAUGGCUUGAGCUGGUUUACUGUGUGAGAACAUUAGCUGCCUUUUUAACCACACAGUGAUGUAACAACUUGGGUUCUAACACCAGAACAGAGAGCUCCUGGAGCUUUGGACUUUAAGGUAAAACACUGCAUUAGCCGCCUCUUCCCAAAGCUAUUCCCUCAGAACUACUCCUUCUGCAGCCAAAAGCAUGGCAACCAAUUGCUGUUCCGUAGCCAGGGAACACAGCAAUACAACAACGGGGGAUGCCAGUUUGGAAGCAGACUUCCAGUACCAUCUCUUCACCAUCAUUUACAGCAUCGUCUUUGUAUUGGGCCUGCUCGAAAACAUCUUAGCUCUCUACCUUCUGACCCGCCAAGUCCAGCACACCUCGCAUUCCUACCUAUACCUCAUCAACCUGGCCGUGGUUGAUACCUUGUUUGUUUGUAUGUUGCCCUUUAAAAUCCAUUAUCAUCUGAACAAGAACAAUUGGAUCUUUGGCGACAUGGCGUGUAGGAUCACCGGGACCUUGUACUAUAUCAACAUCUACCUCAGCAUUGCCUUCUUCACAUGCAUUUGCAUGGAUCGUUACAUCGCAGUGCUGCACCCCUUCACCUACAUCAGGAUCAGAGCCACACACUACUUGAUAGUGGUCACUGUCCUGUGGGUUGCUGCUGCCAGCAUCAUGGUCCCGCUGAUCCUUGGCGGCCCCCUCCACAACAUGGGCCCAGAGAACACGACGGCUUGCUUUGAGAACUUCUCGGUAGCCAGCUGGACCCAUCGCAUGAUGCCCUACAACAUCUGUGCCUUGGUGUUUGGCUUUGCCAUCCCAUUCGUCAUCAUCCUCAUCAGUUACCCUCUCGUGGCCAAGCGGAUUGCCCACACCAAACGCAGCAUUCAUAAGAGGAAGGCCUUGAGGACCAUCUACAUGAUCCUGCUCAUCUGCACCUUGUGCUUCCUCCCUUAUCAUCUCACUCACCUAUUCCACUUCCUGGUGAGAGUCCAGCUCAUCCAGAGUCACGUGUUUGCCCUUUUAAUUUACAAAAUGCGGCGGGUCACCUUGGCCCUGGUCAGUUUCAACUGCUGCCUAAACCCCAUCCUCUACUACUACACAUCUUCCAACAAGCCGUGGCGUCUUGGCCUCAAGCGGAGGACCAGAACCAAAGUUUAUACCAUCUGUGACAGACAAGUAAAUGGCCCUUCCCCUCCUUACAAAAACAAGGCAGCAGUGAGACCAACACCACAGCAGUGGAGUGAGCUGCCUUUUCUAAAGUAAGGUCAAAAAGUUAUUUAUCCAUAGGUUACUGGUUCAAAUCCAUCUGAACUUUGAAGAGUAGUCAGGAAACAGCCUGAGGUCAGAGUCCUGCUGUGUUAGAUGCUAUACACACAUACUUUUAGGACAGGGACUGUGAAUUGAAUUUAUAGGUAGCAUCAGUCUGCUUCCUACACAACCAGAGUCUGUUACAACCCCUGCAUCCCCCCCAAAAGUGUGUUAAAUGGCAAGAAAGACAAUUCCCUUUCUCCUACCAGUUCCAAGGCACAUUAGCAGAGGUGCCGGUGUUGUGAAUAGAUAGGACUUCAGUUUUCCAACACCGAAGAGUGUCAAGAGUAUCCGGCAAUACUCCCACAGCAGUAUUACUAAGCAGUACAAAAGAAAUCCUGUAUUUGGAAAGUGGUGCCAUUGUAGGCUGAUUUCCAAAGUAAACUGGGUAGCUGGCUUUCUGCUAUUUAAAAUAACCUUGUAGAAUGAGAACAAUUCCACUCCUUGUGUACAGUAUGAAAUAUGUAAUUGGCCAUUAUCGUUAAUAAAUCAAAUAUGAAUUUUCAGAGCCUUUGCCUUUACUGAAUACUCAGCUGACUCAUUUCCUCUUUAGCAUCCUUUUCUCAGAUUUCUGAGGUAUUCUUUAUUUUAACCGCUAUCAAGGCAGUUUGGUCAAAAAUUGGGACUCAGAGGACUGUGUGCUAAUCCCAGCUGCUCUGCAAGAUUUUGGUACAUCACUGACUGUCCAUCUGUAAAACAGGAAUAACUGAGCACCUCAGAGAAGUAUGGGGUUCAUUAUUUGCUGAACAGAGAAAGCACAGUAACUAAUUUUCACAAUCUGUGGGGGACUUUCUUCCUCUUGAUCAGCGCCACAGCUUGGGGUUCAGGGUUUUCAACUGGUGUUCAAAGAAGUGCACAAGUAGGUGGUAGUGGAUAAGAACUAAGUAACUGCUUAAAAAUAAUGCACAAUUUAAUCUCUCAAUUCUGCUUUGAAAUUCUGAUCCUGUGUUCAGUGAAGAAGCAACAAGACAGUUGAAUCCUUUUUUUCACCAGCUUCCAAGGCAGCUAAGUGAAUUAAAAUGUUGUUCAGAGCAUCUUCUUGUGAAGGGCUGAGGUAUGAUUUUUUUUUUUAAUUAAAAUAAAGUGAAUGGAAGGACUUUGAAAAUCUCUUACCAUGGUCUGCA